AUGGAUAAUUGUAAUGCCUGGGACAAAUUAUUGUCUCAGAAUGAAUCCACAAUCAACAGCACAGAGACUGCUACGAUAACAGCAAUCAUAUAUUCCCCAUCAAGUAAAACACUGCAUCAAUUUAUAAAUAUCUGUUUUCCAGAGGGAAGCAAUUCAAUACUGGAUACCACUUUGAUUAAUUACGCCACCAUAGGAUGGACCAACGACUUAAAGGAAAAUUAUUCUGUCGAUGUUUACACGCUAAUAAGAAACACUGACGAUGCACUAGAUCUUCUAAAGCCGUUUUUACAAGAACAUAGUUCGAAGGUUCGCUGGCUCAUAUUAUUAGAUUGGACACUGAACGACCAAAAGUUGUGGCUGAAUGAACUAUCCUACGCAUUCAAUAAAAUUAAGCAACUGAAUGACGAUAAUGAAUUUUCUGUAUGGUGCUUAAACAGUGGCGAAAUAUUAAACUUACAAAGACACACUACAGUAUGGCAGUCAGUACAUAUUGACUUCAUUUUGCAAACGUUAAGAUCGUUUUGCUAUUUUAAUGAUAGCUCACUAUUCUAUAUAUGCGAAGACCAUACCGAAGAGAAACGAGAGGAAGCACAAAGGCUUAAAUACCAAGAGCUUCUAAAGCAUUUUUGUGAAGAUAGAGAUAUGAAAGAUCAUAUUGAAAUGGUCAAACGCAGUGAGAUAUUAAUACCGAAGGGGUGCGAUUCUAUUGGAUUGAUAAAAACAGUAGACGAAAGAUUUGAGCCUACUGAGGUGAAAGAGCAACACUUUUUGGCCCGAUAUAUGGACUUUAUACCAACAAUUGAUAAAAUCAGAGAAGAUAGGAAAACAACCUCUGGUAUCGACCUUGAUAAACUAUAUCCUUUAGAAGUUUUCAAAGUUAAUAUUCAAGAGGAAUUAGGCAAAAUGUUCGCAAAAUAUAGGGAAAAUUCGAGGAUUUAG